CUUUGUUCGGAAGAUGAUCUCCGUGUACAUUGCUCUUGCCUUUCUGGCUACCGACAGCCGAGCAACGCGUUGCGCAAAUGUCUUGCUAUCGGUGAUUUAUAUCUGGCUUUUAUCAACAAUGGUCAUUUAUUUCAAAUAAAUUUGCGUCAUCUUGAUGGACUGCGACGCCUGGAUUUUUUCGAGCCCGAUGUGCUGACUACUAUUAAGAAUUGCACAGACGAUGUGUCUUGUUUGCAGCACAGGCCUAAACUAUUACAAUAG